AUGCUUCAUGGUAAACAUGUUCCGAGUGACUCGGGUCAUGUGCAUGGAGUAGUGUUUCAAGAAGGCGUUGGUCAAGUCGUCAAAGUUGUCGAUCGACUCAGAAUAGUUGUACUUCUGCCUUGUCAUGGCGAGGCUGAACGUUGUCAACCACUUUUUGGGAUCUUCUUCAACGGUGUAGGAAUCGAUCUUGAGUCGAAUUCUGGCGUGCAGGCAGAUCUGGCGGAUCUUGCGGGUGAGCGGGCUCUUCUGGGUAUCGGCAAGUGCUUUUGUCAACUAUGGGGCUGA